AUGACUCUAGUCUCGAAUGAUCCCAGUUGGUGGCCAUCAAUCAAUGCGAACCUUAUUGGCAGCUACUUUUUGCCGCCUCUGUUUGGGUACUCACUUAUGUUCGGACAAGAGGUCGAGCUGAUCUGGAGGCAACGCUGGUCUCUGAUGACCUUGCUCUAUCUCAGUGUGCGCUAUGCUGGGAUAGGAUAUGCUCUGAUCAGUAUGUUGGGCCUUGUCAUGUAUAACGUACUUGAUUGGAUGGGUGACGUUGUAGAUGUGACACUGGACGUUAUCAUAAUCGCUCGGUUACAUGCCAUGUAUCAGCGAUCCAGAAAGGUGCUGAUAUUUCUCGUCAUCAUCUUUCUGGCAAUUAGAAUCGCCAAUGCAGUGAUGCUCGCAAUAGAGACGACACAGAUUUCAGGAGAGGAAUUCAUUCUCUCCGGCACCUAUCAGUGCAACAUUGACCUCGCAGGAGAUUCCUCAUCUCUGAGUUCCACGACUUGGAUACUUGGCACUGUAUGGGAGGUCAUUGCACUGUGCCUCGCGGUCUGGAUUGCUGUAAAGCACUUCCGUGAACUACGACAGCACUCAACAAGUGGGACUAUCGGCGACUGUCUUACGGUGUUGAUGAAAACUCACGUUAGUUACUUUGCGAGUUUUUUGAUUGUCUCUUGCUUCCAGAUGGGUUCAUUCUCCCCAACACUCUCAGCGGACUCAUAUUCCCUGGGAUAUCGGAUUUAUUUUGGUCUCGCUCAGAUAUUCAAACUCGUGCAGCUGUUUGUGCUAGGACCACGCCUUAUCCUCGGUAUUCGGGAAUAUAACGCUGAGGUCGUGGCCAACUCUGAUACAUCAACCGCUAUGACUUCAAUUGCUUUCCAAGAGCGCGUCUAUGUGUCCACUAGCAGUAGUGUAUAG